UCCGUCCCCGAGCCCCAGCCACAGCCAGCCAGCAGAUAUUCGAUCCGAAUUCCGCUCGCCCCUCUCCCCAAUCCCGACCACCCCGCUCCUCAGCAAGCUCGGUCGCGGAGAUCCGAUUUCGCCCGCAAAACCCGGCCUUUUCUCCUCCCCUGUUCUCUUCUGGAGGAUUUGGAUCUUCUUGACUCCGCACGCGGAGAGCCUAUACAUGGCCGCCGAGUGGUGCUAGCCCAGACGCGGACGAACGGCGAUGAGGAGGGGCGGCAAGGACGGCGAGGGGGACAAGGUCAUGGGCCCGCUCUUCCCCAGGCUCCACGUCAACGACACCACCCUCAAGGGCGGCGGGCCCCGGGCGCCGCCCCGGAACAAGAUGGCCCUCUACGAGCAGUUCAGCGUCCCCUCCUCCCAGCGAUUCGCUCCGCCCGCGCCCGCGCCCGCGCACCGCCCCGCCGCCAACGCCAGCGCCAGCGCCACCGCGAGCUACGCCCCUUCCUCCGCAUCCGCCGGACAGAUUGCUGGCAGCGACAGGCCUCUCUUUCCAUCAUUCUGUGUGCCUUCAAAUGAACCUGUCCGCUCGUCCAACUCGAAUGUGCGGGAUGGUGGUGCUACGAGGGUAGAAUCUGGGAGGCCUUCCACCCAGCUCAAGAGCAAGGACACCCAUGCUGCAGGAUCAACCGCUGAGUGUAGUUCACAGCGCAGAGAGAACAACACGAGGAAUUCUACUGGGAAGAAGUUGACUAAUGAUGAUGAUUUUACCGUUCCUUCCGUCUUCUCUUCCGGAGUGCCUCCUCAUUCUGCUCGCGAGGAAGUGAGGAUCCAACAGAAGUCCACGCCCUUCCCUAUGUAUAAGAGUGGGCCUACAAUGUCCAGAUCAUCUGCAAAACAGUCCAGCGCUGAUAAGAGGUAUCUAGAAGGGGUGGAUGCGUCUGACAUGAGAUCAAGGGACUCUCCAAGUAUUAGGGACAAAGCACCAGCGAAGUCGACAGCAAACUUGUUAGAAGUUGGAGCGAGAAGUUCAUCAUUUAAAUAUUUUUCUACGGACAAGACGGGGAAAACAGAUGAUAAGGUUUCUUCGUACGGGGACAAGUUGACUAGAAUGAAUGUAUCUGAUAAGCAGCAUCCUCGAACCGAGGGGCGUCAGGGUAGGACUGAGAAUGCUGCCGAGUCUCAGAAUGUUCCAAAAGCUGGAAAUGGUGCUUCUAAUAUGUCGGAGAAAGGCUUAAGAGAGACUGGCGAAAAGAGAAAACGAUCAACAGGACAUCAUGAUGUGCAGAGGGAUGAUUUCUCGGAUGAUUCCUCUGUGGAAUACCUGCCAGGAUUGGAGAUCUCUCCAGAUGAUGUUGUCGGUGCUAUUGGUCCAAAGCAUUUCUGGAAAGCAAGGAGAGCUAUUGUUAACCAGCAGCGGGUUUUUGCUGUCCAAGUAUUCGAGCUGCAUCGAUUGAUCAAAGUGCAGAAGUUGAUCGCAGCAUCUCCACACCUACUCAUCGAAGGCGAUCCGUGCCUCGGCAGCGCCCUGGUGACAAGCAAGAAGAAGCUGGCUGCAGCAAACGUGCAAAAGCAGCUUCCAUCUGCUAAAAGCAAGGAUGACGACGACGCACAGCUAACCCUGCAGCAGGCAGAGCAUGCAGAUUACUCAAGAGACAAUACCGAAGGGGGAAACCAGGCCGCCUCACUAUCCCAAGACGACGACGACGACGUGGUCGAGGAGGUCCAGAACAACAACAGCCAAGCCACCGCAUCAAACGGCGGCGACCCUCCUGCUGCUACCAUGCCUGCCCCUCCCGACAACAAGUGGUGUGCGCCUCCGCCACCGCCGAACCAGUGGCUCGUCCCAGUCAUGUCCCCAUCCGAAGGGCUCGUCUACAAGCCCUAUGCGGGCCCCUGCCCUCCGGCGGGGAGCUUCCUGGCCCCGUUCUACGCGAGCAGCAUCCCGUCCAUGCCCGGGGAUUUCAUGGCUUCUCCGUACGGGAUGCCGAUGCCUCAUCAUCAUCAGCCGCAGCACAUGGGUGGCCCUCCGCCCAUGCCCCCAAUGUACUUCCCGCCUUUCAGCAUGCCGGUGAUGAACAACCCAGCAGUCUCAGCCUCCGCGGUGGAACAGGUGACGCGUAUAGCUCCAGCACGGCCUACUGCCGAGCACGUCUCGAGGACCUCGUGCAACAUGAGGAAUGAGGCGGUGUCAGGCGGCGGCAUCUGGAGGUUCCACCCGUCUGCCCGGGACAGCGAGCUGCAGGGGAGCAGUGCUGCCAGCAGCCCCUUCGACCGCCAGCAGCAGCAGCAGCAGCAAGGCGAGGCGAGGGCUGCGCCACCGCCGCCGCCCCUCCCCACGUCUUCAGCUGGGCCCCAGCCCUCCUCCGGCAGCAAGGAGAACCCAGCAGCCCGUGUCAUCCGCGUCGUCCCGCACACCGCGCGCACCGCCUCAGAGUCGGCCGCACGCAUCUUCCGGUCCAUACAGAUGGAGAGGCAGCAGAAUGAUCCGUAAUCGAAACCAGCGAGUGUAUGCUACAUUGACUGCUAGAAUUUGCAUGUGGUUAACCGAAAAGCUCGGACGAUUAGCGCUAUCUUCUUCCCGUGUAUAAUUUUGUGCAGUUAUAUAUAUGUUCUUGGCGGCACAAAGUAAAUUUCGGCUUUUUUCCGCCCACUGUAAUAUGCAAAUAUGCUGAGCAGGGGUAGUGAUGCUGGGCAUGCUAAGGGCUUGUAUGUUGGGUUACAGAGAACUGAAGAGCUUUUUUCUGCCCGCUGUAAUAUGCAAAUAUGCAGAGCAAGGGUAGUGAUGCUGGGUAUGCUAAGGGCUUGUAUGUUGGGUUACAGAGAACUGAAGAUGUUAUUAGGUGUAUAUGUCCUUAGCCUGCAUCUGUAUGCAUAUAUCUUCAGCUAUCUAUAUUUGGCUGGUGGUGGCCAAAACAAAACCUAGGCUCUGUACGAUAGCAAGCUAUAUACUAUAUACAUAUAUUUGCUGGUUAUAUAUGAA